CAGCAGCUGCCAAUCCCAGGGGAUGCCCUCCCCCAGUGAAGCGCGUCACCGGGUCGAGUAAGCAAAGCGGAUUGAGACAGUUAAACUGGACAAGAACCGUGUCAGCGGAAUCGGACAUUUCACAGGAGGGUCCAAACACAAUCGUGCGCUUUUAUCUAUCUGUCUGUUUUAUUUUAUUUAUUUAUUUUACCUGCUUGUAUCUGUCAAUAACAUUAUUUUGUUUGAGAUUUGUUAUAAUCAUGUUCGGCAAAUUAAAAGAACGUUUUGAGAAGUUUCUUAACGAGAAGAAUUUUGUAACAGACUGUCUCGCCAAAAUAGAGGAGAAAACGGGAGUCCACCGGCGUUAUGUUGCCACAGGAAGUGUGUCGUUCGUCGGCCUCUAUCUGGUCUUCGGUUACGGCGCUUCCCUGCUGUGUAAUUUAAUUGGUUUUGUGUAUCCAGCUUAUUUCUCGAUCAAGGCUAUCGAGAGCAGUAACAAGGAGGACGACACCAAGUGGCUGACCUACUGGGUGGUGUAUGGUAUCUUCAGCGUGGCUGAGUUCUUCUCCGACAUCUUCCUCUACUGGUUCCCAUUCUACUAUGCUGGGAAGUGCCUGUUCCUGCUGUGGUGCAUGGCUCCAGUUGCCUGGAACGGCUCUCAGAUCCUGUACGACCGCCUGGUCCGCCCCUUCUUCCUGAAGCACCAGGCCUCUGUGGACAGUGUGGUGAACGAGCUGAGCGGCCAGGCCAUCCACGCAGCCGAGAGCCUGACGCUGGGAGUCCUGCACACACUGGUUCAAACCAAGACCUUGCUGCCUGCAGACGCAGGCCCUAAAGAGCUGCCUGGCACUUCUCCUGAUCUGUCAGUAGACUGAGCUGUAGCCUGCAACCAAACUAGCCACAGACCACGCCCUUGGCCAUCCAAAGUCACAGUGAUUGCACAACUGAAUGGAGAGCUCGGAACUCCUGCUCUAUAGACUUGAAGAAAGAAGCCAUAAAACUCGUUUGUGUGUUUUCAGACUGAUGUGAACCCCUUCUUGUACCCCUGCCUCACACACACACACAAUCUCCGAUUCAGAUUCAAGUUGACCGUUGUAUAUCAGAUACCAUCAUGGCACACUCUUGCACUAGUUUAUCAGUAGCUGCAGCAGUUCAUCUCCCCUCCCCCUAACACUUCUGCAGUGGGCUGUUGCGAUACAGAUUGACCUAAUUCAAGGUUGUUUAACCCUUAUUCAUUCAAGACUCCUACAGUUACACCUGUCCGUAUGGUACAGUCACCUGAAUAAGUAGCUGGUUAAUUCUGGUUUUCACAACGAUGCAGAUGGCAUUUUCGGUUCCAUGGAAGUUUAAUUGCAGUGUGUCAAAUAAACUUUAUUUAAACAGUAACUCAUACCUAACACACACACACACACACACGCAUUCACAAAGAGCUUGCAAGACUUCUUCCCACGUACCCUUAAUGAAAAGAUUUCAGUGUGUCCUCUGAUCAGCUCCAGUAAUCUCUCACAAGCACAGCACACAAUGCUUUCAUUCAGGGACAGAGUGCAUCCACGCAAAGCAUUACCAAACACCCCCUUGUGACUUCUCACUUCUUGGCUGUGUACAGAUUUCUUUUUAAUCCCGAUGGUGUUUUUAUUCAGACGUCCAGGGGAACAUUUAGGAGCUGUUGCAGUGACUGGGGGGGAAAACUUACAAACAGAACAACGAUUGCAUGUGUAAGCCAUGCAUCAAUGAUCCUCACUUGUGUCUCUUUCAAUCCAGUCCUUGGUUUUGAAUGGAGUGAAUGAGACACACCUGAGUAUCACUGCUAUAUAAAAUAGAUGUCAUUUCUGUGUUUGCACAAUCGUAGAACAUCUCAAUGCACUGGAAUAUUCCCCUUCAGUCACUGAGUCACAAUUGUACCGUUUGUGUCUGAUAGAUGAAAUAGUAGCUGUGUCAGUCCAGAGAUGAUAGACAAAGGUCUCUGCUUUCACCUGACGAAGAGACCUUUGAGGUCUUGAAAGCUUGGGAUUAAUUAUUUUUUAGUUAGUCCAAUAAAAGGUGUCAUUAUAAUGCAUAGAUUUUUUUUUUUUUCAAAGUUUUGGCAGGGAAACUUCUCAAACUAAAGUUCACACAACUUAAAAAAAUAAAAAUAAAAAUGAAAUUAAAAAAUUGUGACAGACUGGGAUAAACUUCAGUACGCUACAAUAUCAUGCAAGUAGUUUCCUAAUAACAAUUGUAAGUACACUGCUGAAGGCACUAACCGAAAUGUUUGGUUACUUAGUUUCUUUAGACGUUUUGCUUGAUAUUUUUGACAGUAAUUGAAAGUUAUGGGUGGGUGUUUUAACAACUAUAAUACUGAUAAUGAAUAAAGAAGAAUUUGUAUUAAAUGAAGGCUUUAUUUGAUGUAAAAAAGAACAACAACUUUGUAUUAUCUUGUUAAAGAGAAUUUGUUUUUAUUUCAAUCAAUAAAACUGAAUAAAAACCCUUUUUUCCUCCCUC